AUGUAAGUUUUAUUUUAAGACGUUAUAUUCUGACAGAAACAUCGUUAACUUUAAAACAAACAUGUUUAAAUUCCUUUAUGUAUCAUUUUUAUUUUCCGGAUGGUUUUGAUUUUGAUCAUCAAUGUGUUAAUGGGUGUAAUUUAAUACUUAACAGGUCAAGUGACCCUUAUGUCUCCUAGCAACAAGGAACAUUAUUUAGCAUGUCAAUCCGGACCCCUAAAAGCAGUAUUCGGGAUUAAAAGGAUAACUGGAGUCUUAUCUGGCAGCAUGCCAUCCAGGUCUCAUACAAGGUUUAUGCAUUACACAUCCAACAUGUCACAGCAAGACUAUAAAAGAGCUAUGCCAGCUCGUUCCCUACGCACACAGACCGGGCACACUAACCGCUGGCAGCUGACAGGUGCUGUGGGCUGUGACCUGUUGGGCCAGGCACAGGUGCAGCGGGCAGAAGAGUUUGCUAUUCAGUUAUCAGAUAGGAAAAUCAAAUCAGCUGACCCCAUGGCACUCCGCUGGCACGAGGAUACCACUGGCUGCCCACAAUCUCCUUUGCCACGACUGGUUCGCCCGCUGUCAGCCAGCCAACGCACCAGUCUCUGCAAAGAAGUCACAUGGCCCUCAAAGCUUGGCAUUCCAGAGAAAGAGUUUUACAGUCUCUCUCGCAGAGUGGUCUGCAAAGCUAAACCAGAUGCAGUGUUAGAGUGCCUGGGGAGCAGAUGGGAGUUACAUUGCCCUUUCCUAAACAAAUCAGACACAUUAUUCAAGCUGUAUACCAACAUCAAGAGGCAUAGAGAUGUUCAACUACAGGAGAGAGCAGCGAGUGGUCAGGGCAGCAGAUCUGGAAGUUCUCUGUGCAGGUACGACAGGGGUCUGGUUUGCAGUAGGGGAAAUCUCAGUGGCCCAUUGACUCUCCGGCUGUCUGUCAAAGAUUCCUCCAUCACUAAAGAGGCUCUGUCAUUUGUCCUGCGGACGCUCUAUGACCCCGAGGGACAGCCGGAGGAAUGGGGAAAGGGUGUGAUCUCUGCUGCAGCCUUACUGGGGAUGUCCGAUCUCUUCCACAAGUGUCUUAAAGAGAUGACGAUGAAUAUAUCAUCCUCGACCGUGUGUAGCUUUCAUGAGGUGUCCUGUAAGUUUAAAGAAACAGGCCUCCAGAGAUUGUGUGAGCAUUGGCUGGAGCUGUUCUUAGUGACCGAUCUCUCCUGUCACAUUAAUCUCAAAGACUUGCCCUUUGACCUCAUGCUCAAGACCUUGCAUAGUCCAAGAUUGUUUACACUUAGUGAGUAUGAUCUCUCGAGGACAGUACUGCAUUGGCUGUACCUGCAGUUAAACCCACUCAGACAAACCUUACCUGCACACAGCACCGUCAUCAACUUCUUCUCCAGGGAAACAGGUGUUUUCUUGGAACAGCCUCAUGGACAAAAAUACAUCACAAUCUUUCAAGCUCUUCGACUCCAUGGCAUAACUGAAUGGCAACAUCUACAGGAGCUGCACAACAUCAGAGUGUUUCCUGAAGCCUGUUUACUGCAUAUUCUGUCCAAUCAUUACCACACUCUUUACAGCGGGGGUGACAUGGCCAUAACUGACUUCUCCAAACAAGCAGUCCGGUUUGGAAUGUUGGUUGAUAAGGAAGAAGAGUGCUGUACUCAAACCAUCAGCCUCUACGGCUUUUAUUUUCUACUCAAAGCUGUUAACAUGGGUGAAUCAGAUACAUACAGCUUCUCCAUUGAGAGAUUGAGACACUGGGACACCGCUGUGUCACAGUCUUCUAUAGCAACUCGUCCAUUCUGUAUGAGGUCUGAUAGAUCAGUGUGUUACCAAAUCACAGUGCAAACCUACAUUCACAGUGAGUUUCAGGAGCACAGCAGUGGAGCUGUCAAUCAAGAGUUUGGCUUAUUUAAACAUCGCUGCAGGAGCAAGCCAUUUUACAUUGAAGGACUUUCUCCACCUAUUCUGGUGACCUUUGCUCUGGCAUUUCCAUGAAGCCUCAACAGUUAAAUAAAACUGACAUGAAUCCAUUAUAA